AGCAGCUGUCCAAUCGCGGUCCGGCCUGCUGGUGCGCGUGUGUUGCUCGCGCGUGGGGGUUGAAGCGAAGACGCGUGAGCGAGGCGACUAGCGAGGACUCGGCUCAUCUAGAGAGGAAGGAGCUGAUACGUGGUCAUGGAUGCCAGUAAAGGUAAAGGUGAUCAAGGGAUGCAAAAUCCAGGUGGGCAGAUGGACAAACCUGUCAGCUUUCACUUCUUGGAAAGCAUGCUUCCCAAAGCAGUGAAAAGGCGAGUGCAUGCCUUGAAAAGGCUACAGGUGCAAUGUGCUAACAUAGAGGCUAAAUUCUACGAGGAGGUCCAUGAGCUAGAGAGGAAGUAUGCUGCUCUCUAUCAGCCACUGUUUGACAAGAGACGAGAGAUUGUCACAGGAACAGUGGAGCCCACAGACGAGGAGUGUGAGUGGCAAAGCGACAAGGAAGAAGAGGAGGAGCUGGCUGCGGAGGUAAAGGAAAAAGCUGCUAUUGAGGAUGCAAAGAAAGAGGAAGCCACGCCAGAGGAAGACCCUAAGGGCAUCCCUGAAUUCUGGCUUACUAUAUUCAAGAGUGUGGACAUGCUCAGUGACAUGCUACAGGAACACGAUGAACCCAUCCUAAAACACCUGAAAGAUAUUCAAGUCAAGUUUUCUGAGCCAGGACAGCCAAUGAGUUUCACAUUAGAGUUCCACUUUGAGCCCAAUGGUUACUUCAACAAUGCAGUUCUCACUAAAGUCUACAAGAUGAAGUCAGAGCCUGAUGCCUCAGAUCCUUUCUCAUUUGAGGGACCGGAGAUCAUUGACUGUGAAGGCUGUCAGAUAGAUUGGCACAAGGGAAAGGAUGUGACAGUGAAAACUAUUAAGAAGAAGCAGAAGCAUAAAGGCCGUGGCACCGUCCGCACUGUUACCAAACAGGUUCCCAAUGACUCUUUCUUCAACUUCUUUAAUCCUGUCAAAGCUUCACCAGAUGGAGAAAUGGACGAAGACUCUGAGUUCACCUUAGCCACAGACUUCGAGAUCGGUCAUUUCUUCCGUGAAAGAAUAGUUCCCAGAGCAGUGCUGUAUUUCACUGGAGAGGCCCUGGAAGAUGACGAGAGUUUUGAAGAGGAGGAGCUGGAAGAAGGAGAUGAAGAGGAACAAGAUGAGGAGGGUGAUGAAGAUGAUGACGAGGGAGACUUUGAUCCCAAGGGCAAAGACUCUAAGUGCGCUCGAGCCACAGCCUCUAAGAUUGGCCGCUUUGUCCAUAAAAAAGUAGUUCCCAAAGCAGCAGAAUAUUUAGAAAAGGCCCUGGAAGAUGACGAGAAUGAACAAGAUGAGGAGGGUGAUGAAGAUGAUGAUGGAGACUUUGACCCCAAGGACAAAGACUCCAAACACACUCGAGCCACAGCCUCGAAGAUCGGUCACUUCAUCUGUAAAAAAGUAGUUCCCAAAGCAGCGCAGUAUUUCAGAAAGGCCCUGGAAGAUGAAGAGAGUUCUGAAGAGGAGGAGCUGGAAGAAGGAGAUGAAGAGGCAUAAUCAAACAUUCUCACCCCAUGCAUUUCUAGAAAGAACAGCCCCAGCCUGCCGAAUGCAAACAGCAGUAACCGUGAUGAUCAAGAGAGGUGGAAACCUGCUGUCCAUCAAAUCAGUCAAAUCAAAUCAAACCACACUGUGCAACGAAAUUCAGUUUGAUACUCUCAUAUUAGAACAACAGAUAAAAAUGAAAAGCAAACAAGCCAUAAAAGCAACAAAACGUAGUUUAAGCAACAUAGUUUAAGAAAAAUAUUCAGCAUUCGGUUAUAGCAGUCAUAACAGUAAAGCUCAACAGUGAAGUGCAAGAUUUUAAAGUGCAAACAGUUCAGUUCAGUUGUUGGGGGAAGAAGAUGUUCCUCAUUCUUUUAGUCUGAGUCCUUCUGAAUAAAGGCAGAGGGACUAGCUGUAACCUGGGUAGGAGGGAUGGGUGGCAAUAGUGCUGAACCUGGACCUGAAAGAGACCAGCAUAUGCAGAGCACAAGACAGGAAGAAGACUUCCCAGAAUCCUCUGGGCUGUUUUUACCAAGUCCUUCCUGUCUUGUGCUGUGCCACGCAGUCACACAAAGAGGAGAAUCCAGCCUGUAUGAGCUUCCUCAGGUAGAAGAGUCUCUGCUGAGCCUUCUUCACCAGGUGGGAAGUGUUCAAGGCCCAGCUGAGCUCAGCUGUGAUGUGGACUCCUAGGAAUUUGCUGUUGUCCAUUCGCUCCACUUGCUCCCCAUGAAUGAACAGUGGGGUGUGUGCUGUCUGUCCACCCUGUAGUCCACCAUGAUCUCCUUAGCCAGAUUGUUGACCAGGUGAUGGAUCUCCUCUCUGUAGCGAUCAUUAUAUGGAAAAUAAUAGGAAAUGAACAGAUCCCAACUUUGGUUUUCAUGAAAAUAAGUCAGUUACUCAGGGUUUUUUAAUGCCAGCAAAGAGAAAUAUGAGUUUAGGAGAAAACGGCUGAACAGGUUUGAGGUUAAAUCUUUCACUGGUUUUGUGUUUUUCUUUUGUUGUGGUGUUUUUAAUAGACAUCCAAUGUGUCAUUUUGAAUUUUUAAAAUGUUCAUUAUCAUGUCAUUGGAUUUAUGAAUUUAUUCUGGCGUCGUGCAGCUGUAUGAAGUCGUGCAUUUAGAGGAACACUGUAUUAUUCUUAUUAUAACAAUGAAUUGUAAGCACUUAGAGAUGCUAUACACAUGAACAUCAUCUCCAGUGCAACAACUGGAGAGUUAACACAUCAGUCAGUCCAUCCUACUAUUGUUAAAGUUAACUGGGUGAAAGCUCAAUGUGAAAUAUCUUGGAUGUGCAUUUUGCAUACACAGCGUAUCCUAAAACAUUCUGACUGCUGCUCAAAACAGUCAUAAAUAAUACUUCAUUUCCACAUUUAAUGCAAGUAUAUAGCUAUUGUAUAUGUUAAGCUUUUUUGGGGUAAUAUAUGUUUGCAUUCGCCAGUUAUGCUGCAGUAUGUAAGAUUUAUGUUAAUGUUUUUUUUUCUUAAACACUGUUUCUACUUUUGCUUCA